AUGACCACAACCUCCCCUGACAUGUUCACCCCGCCGCUCAUGUCCUUCGACCCACCCAGCAUGCUCUGGACCCAGUCUCUACCGUACGAUUACUCACAACAGCACCAGUUUCAGCAGAGCUGGCUCGGCCAUGACAUGAAUUUCGAGUUACCGCUCCCCGACUCCCCUCCGCCCAAGCCUGUAGCCCCGCGUGGCGCUCCUCUGGCAACCGUAGCCCAGGAAGACCCGCCUCCUUUGCCUCCACGCUUUGCCCAGAUCAAGCAGGGCCUCAUCGCCGGCAAGGAAAACGCCAUCUCCGACUCGUGGGACAGGCUCCUCGUUGCACUCCGAGCCGAGAUUGCCUUGAUUGAAGUUACCAAGUCUGACAUCAUCCCCUCCAUCGACUUUGCCCAUCUCGAAGACCGAAACAAGGUUAGCGAGUUCUCGGCAAAGCUCAAGAAGAGGGGCGCCGCCAUCAUUCGCAAGGUCGUCCCCUCCGAGGACGUCAUGGAGUGGAAAGAGGAAACGGAUGAGUACCUUUCCAGCAACCCUUCCACCAAGUCUUGGCCUACCCGGGACCCUCAUCUCAUGGGCAUCUACUGGACCCCAGCCCAGAUUAAGGGCCGCGGUCAUCCAAAUAUUCUCGCCGCCCAGAAGUUUCUCAUGAGCCUAUGGCACUCCAGCGACCGAGACGCCUUGGUAUCCAACAACUUCCCCGUCUCCUACGCCGACCGCCUGCGUAUACGGGCCCCCGGCGACUCGACCUGGCACCUGAAUGCCCACGUCGACGGCGGCAGCGUCGAGCGCUGGGAGUCGGACGGCUACGGCCGAGCGGGGACGUACCAAACCAUCUGGGACGGUCGUUGGGAGGACUACGAUCCCUGGGAGAGUAGCACCCGUCUAAGGGUAACCUCCGACCUCUAUAACGGCGCCGGCUCCUGUUCCAUGUUCCGCAUGUUUCAGGGCUGGUUAUCCAUGUCCGACGUCGAUCCAUCCGAGGGUACCCUGCUUCUAUGCCCUAUGCUUCAGCUCGCCACAGCCUAUUUCCUCCUCCGCCCCUUCUUCUCCCCGCGCGUCCCCGCCUCGGCCGCCCCCACCGCCGCCGCCUUCCUCAGCCGCGAUAACUGGGCCCUCGACUUCUCCCAGACCUCCGUCAUCCAGGGCGCGGUACCUUCUUACACGCAGGAGCUCAACUCCGUCCUCCAUCCUCACCUCCAACUCGACAAGUCCCUCGUCCGCAUCCCCCGCGUCGAGCCCGGCGACUACGUCGUCUGGCACCCGGAUAUGGUCUACGGCGUCGACAAGGUCCCGCCCCACGCUAAGCCCGCCACCAUCAUGUAUAUCCCCGCCUGCCCCCUCACCCAGACCAACGCCCUCUACCUCGCUCGCCAACGCAAGGCCUUCCUCCUCGGCCAACCGUGCCCAGACUUUGGCGGCGGCAAGGGCGAGACCACCCACCUCGGUCGCCCCGGAACUCAGGAGGUCAAUGACGCCGGCGGGGACGAAGCCCUCCGCGCUAUGGGUCUGAUGCCUUGGGAGGAAGACGACGCUUCCAGUCCUAACGAGGUGGCGCUCGUCCGUUUGGCUAACGGCAUCUUAUUCCCAGACAGGUUUGACAUGUGUUGA